AUGAGCCGGUCACUACUGCGCUCCGUCCUGGAGCUUCGCACGCCUAUAACACGUCUCCCACCAACCUUCCUCCUCCCGAUCCAGGCCCGCACCCUCGCGACAACAGCAGCAAGACGCAAUGUUGAACCAACAACGCCUCCGAGUGCAACACCCACACAAAGCACCGUGCCCCCCAUAGCGCCCUCCAAGCCAUCCCCCGCCCCCUCAGCAACCCCGUCUCAAUCCCAAACCCACCCCCUACCGGGAACGACAUCAAGCUCCGUAGCAGAGCUCUUCCCGCUGCUACGCGCGCAGCCCGCACACUACAUCACCAUCCACAUCCACGGACGGCCGUACCUAGUCACGGAAGGCGACCGCAUCCGUCUGCCAUUCCUGAUGCACGAGGUGCUGCCGGGCGACGUGCUGCGCCUGGACCGCGCGUCUACGCUCGGAUCCCGGGACUACACGCUCGUCGGUAGCCCGCACGUCGACCCCUCGCUGUUCGAGUGCCGCGCCACCGUCCUCGGCGUCGAGUCCGAGCCCCUGCGCGUCAAGGUCAAGACUAAGCGCCGCAACCGCCGCUCUCGCCGUGUCGCGAGUAAGCACCGCUAUACCAUCUUGAGGAUUAGUGAGCUUAAGUUACUUGGGCCGUCCUAA